GCCACGGCCCAGCAGCACCUCAGGGGCGCGGACUUCAGGAGCGGCGAGGCGCUCGCGGGGCUCGCGCUCGACGCGGAGCUGCGGAAGGCGGAGGCCGCGGGCGCCAGGGCGCGGGCGCUCUUCCAGGAGCUCGGGGACAUGUCCGGCGCCGCGGAGGCCCUGCUGGUGAUCCUCCGCAGCGCAGGCGCCCUGGGGCAGGCCGUGCGGGCCCGCAGGCUCGUAGAGGAGGCGCUGGCCAAGGCGCGCGCCGAGGGCGACCGCUGCGGCGAGGGCGCGAGCCUGCUGGGGCUCGCGGAGGUGCAGGCGGAGCAGCGCGGGAGCCAGGCGGCAGCGGAGGCGCUGGAGACCGCCGGGGAGGCGGUGGAGGCCUGGGCGAAGAGCGAGUGGGCGAUGGAGGAGCUCGAGGUGACCGCGCUCCUCCUCAUCAGCAGGCUGCACGGCAGGACUGGCGGCGGCGACCACGCGAGGAAGCGGGCCGAGGAGGCGCUGAAGCUGGCCGAGUCCACCGAGGACAUCGCCGUGCGCUGCACCCAGUCCGCGCGUGUGCACCAGCGGCUCGCGGUGCUGGCAGUCGAAGGCGGCGAUGGCAAGCUGGCCAGGGAGUUCGCCGACAACUCGUGGCGGCUCCUCCGCGAGCAGGGCAGCCCGGAGGCAGAGGCGGAGGGGCAUUUAGAUCUUGCCCGCGAGCUUCUACGCGGGCGUUUCGCCAAGGAGGCCCUCAGGGAAUCGGAAGAGGCGUUGCAGGGCUUCCGCGCUUGCAAAACGUUCAGGCGACAGGAGGUUGUAGCCUUGUCUAUUGUGGCAGAGGCGCACGUGAUGCUUGGAGAAGAAAACGAAGCACACAGUACCGUACUGAAAAACCUGACGCGUCUUGAGAAAUCAAGCAAGAACGCAUCGGACGAGGCCGUUGCCUAUUGCCAAUAUAUCGCAGCAUUCACGUAUCGGCUUGCGUAUCCGUACGACCCCAAUUCCGUGAAGAUGGCACAGGAGUCGCUCGAAAACUUCCAAGAUUUGGACAACCGGCGGAUGGAGGGCGUUUUGUUGCGAACAGUCGCCCUUGCACAUCAAACAAUGAAGCUUAUGGACAAGUCCCUGGUGACGAUUGUGAAGGCACUUGCUGUCUUCAAAGAAGUGGACGAUCUGUCCCAGUGGGCACACACUGCAAUUCAACGCGGGCGCAUCUAUAUCCAGCAAAGGGAGUGGAAUGCCGCGCUUGGGAUGGCCAGAGAGGCAGCAGACACAUUCGAGCGGAUCGGGGACAAGGUGGGAGUCGCCGAGAGCCGGCUGAUGGAAGCAAGCGUUCGGUUUCAAAUGGAGCGCUUCCAAGAUUCGGGUGACAAGGCUUUUGAGGCACUCAAGGUGUUCCAGGCCUGCAGCUGGAAGGCAGGGGAAGGAUUCGCGUAUACCUUGAUCAGCGACAUCCAGAUUGAGCUUGGCAACCUCGACAAGGGUGUGGCGGCGGCGAGGCGCGCGGCAGAGGCAUUCAAGGGAGGCAGCCACGAAGAGGAGGCAGCCACACUCAUGCUGCUGACUCGGGCGAUACUUCAAAGGAUCACAGCGGCCGACUUCAGGAAGGCUUCCUUCGCGUUCCACGAGAACUUGAAGGAGGCGCGCGAGUCGUCGUACAAGGCAAUCGAGCUGGCGCAGCGCUGCCGCAGCCUUCAGCUCGCGGCCAACGUGUACCUCGCAGCCGCAGAGAUGGAGCUCCUGGACUUCCGGCCCGACAUGUCGGUGGUUCACGCCGCCGAGGCGAGGGAGAUCUUCCAGAAGAUGGGGCAGGAGGCACAGGAGGCGAAGUGCCUGGACGUCCAGGCGGUAGCGCACAUGCAGGUGGGCAUGCACGAGAAGGCCUGGCACCUCGCCCGCGGGGCGCAGGACAUCUUCGAGCGGAUUCGGGACAAGAAUGGGGUCAUGCAGAUGAACCAGCUCUUGGAGCGCAUCGAGAAGCUGUACGUGCCGCCCCGUGCGCUCAAGAAGCCAGCGCAGGCGGCGGCGGCGACCGCAGCCGCCGCGGCGCCCCAGCCAGAGGAGGACGCGCCGCAGAAGCAGAAGAAGACCGGCGAAAUUCGUAGCCGCGAGCAGGCGGUCGAUUUGAGCGACUACAUCCAGUUGUCGAUGCAGGAAGCUUUGUCAGACCUAUUGGGUGACCACGUCGAACUUGACAGUCCCCUGAUGGCGAGUGGGCUUUCGAGUGGCAUGGCCAUGGCCAUGAAAGGUCAGCUCGAAGAAGAUUUCUCUGUGAUGCUCCCCUCUACAUUGCUGUUCGAUUACCCGUCCGUCAUUUCCGUAGCUGAGUUCAUCGUGGGCAAGCUGGGCACUAAUGCGUUGCCCGGGUGA